CUCUCAUACAUCUCUGAGAUAACUCUCUGAUCGAUCCUUAGUUUUAAACGAAAAAAAACUAAGUCAUGGCUAGAAUCAACAGCUUGGUUUGUGUUUUUGCUCUUGCUUUUCUAGCUCUUGCAUCUACUUCCUACGGUUACUAUGGUAAUGAAGAACCAACACCUUCUGGUACUGAAGGUCAACCUUUUAAGAUUUCUAAUUACGUCCCAAGAGUUAGAGUACCUAAAGUUCCUGAGGUAGAACACCCAGAAGUCCCAGACGUUCCAGCUGUUCCCGAGGCCAAGAAGCCAUAUGUCCCAACCGAGCCUAAGGUUGAGAAGCCAGACGUUCCAGCUGUUCCCGAGGCCGAGAAGCCAUACGUCCCAACCGAGCCUAAGGCUGAGAAGCCAGAGGUUCCCGCUGUUCCCGAGGCCAAAAAGCCAUACGUCCCAACCGAGCCUAAGGGUGAGAAGCCAGAGGUUCCAGCUGUUCCCGAGGCCGAAAAGCCAUACGUCCCAACCGAGCCUAAGGUUGAGAAGCCAGAGGUACCCUCUGUUCCCGUGGCCGAGAAGCCAUACGUCCCAACCGAGCCGAAGGUUGAGAAGCCAGAGGUUCCCUCUGUUCCCGAGGCCGAAAAGCCAUACGUCCCAACCGAGCCUAAGGUUGAGAAGCCAGAGGUUCCAGCUGUUCCUGAGGCCGAGAAGCCAUACGUCCCAACCGAGCCUAAGGUUGAGAAGCCAGAGGUUCCCUCUAUUCCCGAGGCCGAGAAGCCAUACGUCCCAACCGAGCCUAAGGUUGAGAAGCCAGAGGUUCCCUCUGUUCCCGAGGCCGAGAAACCAUACGUCCCAACCGAGCCUAAGGUUGAGAAGCCAGAGGUUCCAGCUGUUCCUGAGGCCGAGAAGCCAUACAUCCCAACCGAGCCUAAGGUUGAGAAGCCAGAGGUUCCCUCUGUUCCCGAGGCCGAGAAGCCAUACGUCCCAACCGUGCCUAAGGUUGAGAAGCCAGAGGUUCCCUCUGUUCCCGAGGCCGAGAAGCCAUACGUCCCAACCGAGCCUAAGGUUGAGAAGCCAGAGGUUACAGCUGUUCCUGAGGCCGAGAAGCCAUACGUCCCAACCGACCCAAAGGUCCAAACCCCCAAAAACUAUGCAGUACAAGGGCUUGUUUACUGUCAAUCCGGCACCAAACGUACACCAAUUGAAGGAGUUGUGACAAAAGUUGUAUGCUUUGCCUAUGAUUUAGUUUCUGAGCUAUUGGUCGUCACCAGUAAAACUGACAACAAGGGAUACUUCUACACUCCAUUGGAUGUAUCACAAAUCAUUUACCAAGUAUUCCAGUGCAAGGUGUACCUUGAUUCCUGCCCAAUGACAAGUUGCAGUCACCCUACCGAUAUCAACAAUGGUGUCACUGGUGCCCUCCUUUCUCUCAAUUAUCACAGUCUCCCCAAGAACAAGAACUUAUACUCUGUUGGUCCUUUUGUUUACACUCCUGAGCCGAAGUACUAAAGAUGAUUGAUUAAUCACUCUUUCAUGCAUGCUGA